AGGACUAAUAAAGGAGUGUGUUUUGUUCCUAUCAAUAUCAUCUUCAAUGGCGGCACAGAAACAGAUGCUCGAUCAGGUUGAUGGAACCGCCGAUUCACUGAUGGAAUCCAUGGGCGAGGUUCAAACGACGAUGGCUCAGCUUCACUCUUCUGUUGGUGUAUUGAUCGAUUCCAUGGCGGAGAUACUAAAAUCCAUGGCGGAGAUGAAAUCAGCAGUUCUUCAACACACUUCUCCGGCACCGACGAAUGAGUCACAACUUACGGUGGAAAAGGACCUCCCCGCCGCUCCAGAGAAACAAUCAAUCGCGGUGGAUAAACCUGUCGAAGAGAAACAGCCUCGCCGGAUUUACGUGAAGAAGGUCAAGGCCAAGAUGCCAGUUUUCGAAGGUCUCAAAGUAAACCUCUGGAUUCUCCAAGCGGAAAGAUACUUUGAGUUUGGAGAUUUCACUGAGGCCGAGAAGGUCCGAAUCGUUUACAUGAGCGUCGAAGGGCAAGCGCUGAACUGGUUCGUCGUAUCGGAUCGUUCUCGACCUUUCACAGAUUGGGAAGAUGUCAAGUCUCGGCUUUUAGAUCGAUUCGGGCAUUUGGAAUCUGCAAUGAGUCGUUUGCUGGCUCUUAAACAGGUGGGAUCUGUUAGAGAGUAUCUUGGCCAGUUCGAGGAACUCGCGACGCAGUUACCGGCGAAGGUUACACCGGAUUUCUUCUUCGAAGGCGUUUUCGUCAAUGGGCUCAGGGAAGAGAUUAAGGAUAUGCUUCCACUGUUUCAACCAAAAGGGUUAGACAAUAUCAUCUCAAUGGCUCGUAGAUUGGAGAAUAGUCGUUGUUUUGGCCGAUUGAUGACUCCACCACUCGACGAUCCAUCGCCAGCUGAUGAUAGGAACUAGGAAGUAACACACCAAUUAAACUCUCUACCCAUUUUGGUUCUCGAGGCGUGUUUUGCUGUGAAUAGGUAAGCUCCGUUAGAUUCUAAACUCGUUUCUAGCAAUCAAACAUUUUUCUAUUCUGGUUUGUUUUUUGGGAUUGUUUUUUCUGUUGCUCGACGAUAGUUUUCGUGGAUUCAUGCUUAUUGCAACCUACUAAAUCCGGGUUUUU